GCGGCGCGUGACGUAGGAGGAAGAAGCCGCCAUUAGGGGCUGUGGGGCCGUGGCUGCGGGGCAGGUUUGGUUGCCGUGUUCCUCUUCCGCCUCCGUCUCCGCGGCCUUGCCGGUGCCUCCCCAUCCCCGCCAGCCCCCCUCCCGCUCACCCGCGGGCUCCCAUUCCGGUGGGCGGCGGCGACGCCGCGGUGCGGCCCGUUGAUGUGAGGCGCGGCUCGGCGGCGGGGCGCGGAUGGCGGCGGGGUCCGGCGCGGCGGCCGGGGGCCGCAGCUUCUCCUUCAAGGUGGUGCUGCUCGGGGAGGGCUGCGUGGGGAAAACCUCUCUGGUGCUGCGCUACUGCGAGAACAAGUUCAACGAUAAGCACAUCACCACUCUGCAGGCAUCUUUUCUUACAAAGAAACUAAAUAUUGGUGGAAAAAGAGUAAACCUUGCAAUAUGGGAUACAGCUGGUCAAGAAAGAUUUCAUGCAUUGGGGCCUAUCUACUACAGGGACUCUAAUGGCGCUAUUCUAGUAUAUGAUAUAACAGAUGAAGACUCUUUUCAAAAGGUAAAAAACUGGGUUAAGGAAUUAAGAAAAAUGUUGGGAAAUGAAAUCUGUUUAUGUAUAGUAGGUAACAAAAUAGACUUGGAAAAAGAGAGACAUGUUUCAGUGCAAGAAGCAGAAACGUAUGCUGAAUCUGUUGGAGCAAAACAUUAUCAUACGUCAGCUAAACAGAACAAAGGAAUUGAAGAACUGUUUCUUGACCUUUGCAAAAGAAUGAUAGAAACUGCUCAAGUGGAUGAAAGAGCAAGAGGCAAUGGCUCCAGUCAGUCAGGAACAGCAAGGCGAGGUGUACAGAUCAUUGAUGAUGAGCCACAAGUACAGAGCAGCGGAGGGUGCUGUUCUGGAUAAUUAUAAAACUGUGCAUCACUGCCUUCUCAAUAUGAAGACUGCCAUAUUCCAAGUCACACAUUCUUUACCAAUGGAGUAAUAGAAUUAACAGUAUUUAAAAAUAAUCACAUGUAACACUGCAGAGACCUUAAGUGCUAAACUAGUGGCGUCUGUGACCAGAGAAUUGGCGUUUUCUACAGUGGUUAACAAAGCAAUUACCAAUGGCCUUUUUACAUAUUUUUCUUUAAUGAGGAAUAAUAUGCAUGUAGAAAAGACCUACUUAAAGGCUUCAUUUAUAUUCUUUUAAAUCAGAUCAUUAUUUAAUAACUUAUAUACAUUGUUGUUGGAAUGGUAUACGUUUUUGCAGCUCUUUGUAUUUUGUGGUAGAUGGAAUUGUAUCACUUCUAAAAUGCAAAUUGAUUUUUUUUUUUUUUUAAAUUAGCAGAUAGCUGAAGUAAUAUUUUUGCAGGGCCUCCACAAGCCUAUAACUCAACUACUUUGAUAUAGUCUGUUCAUCUGUAUGCCAAGCUGAUAAAAUACAUUGUAAAUGACAUAUUAAAUAUUUUAUCUGCUUUUACAGUUGCAGGUGCAGAAAUAUGUACAUCAGUCUUGUCAGUGAUUGUGAAGUGAAUAAGUCAGUGAAAGAUGCAAGCUUUUCAUGUGCACUGUUAAAUUGCUCAUUCUAUUCCCCUACCUGAAAACAGCUUUGUUUUGGGUACAUCCAUAGCUACAGCAAUUCUUUAAUCCAUUUCUAGCAAGCAGCAGUAAGAGUAACCCCUUACUGUAGGAGAAUGCUUCUGUAGGCUGCUGUUUAACAUUGAGGUGUUUGACUCCCAGCUAAAACAGUUGGUGCAUGCACAUACUUGUCCUCUCAAAAGAUCCCCAGAAAGUCAAAGUGACUUUAGCCCUCAUCUGUCUGGUAGCCAGUAAACCAGAUGCAUGGGAAACUCUUUAGCUGCUUUAAUACAUUUCUUUCCAAAGACAGCAUUAUAAACUAUUCAUGAGCAUAUUUUUUUCCCCUGCAGGGCUUGAGUGAACAAUUAAUUGGCAUUAACUAAAUGCUUCUAAUUUGGAGUGAUUAAAUUGAAGAUGUGAAACUUGCCAGAUGUAGCUGUAACUUUGGGAAUUCUAGGCAGAGCUGAACUUACGCCUAACUUGCUCUUUCUCCUGUAAAGCAUUUUGGAAAAAGUCCACUUAAGUUUCAGGAGGAGGGUUUUCAGAAAAAAUGUAUAAACUUCUAUCACAAAAGAACACAAAUGGUGGUAGCUGAAACUUCAAAAUGUUUUGUGCUCUGACUUUUUUUACUUAAGUUGUCAUGCUUGGAAAAACAGUAAAGGUGAUGUCUAUGACAAAGUAGAA